GCUUGAUUCAGUGCCACUGUUUUUCAUCUCUCUGCACAUCAGAAUAGAACAGAUAAAAUUCACGAAAUUUAUAAAUUUUGUGUUUUUGGGCAGUGUUAAUUCACUGCUUGAGAACAUCCCAUUUGUAUUUAGAAACAAAUUGGAAGUUAUUAAUCCAUUAUAUCCCUUCUUUCUUCUUUUGUUUGUUUGGGUUUCUUCCGAUCGAGAGAAGCUGCGCGAAAUUAGGAUUCUGGCGUUGAAAUGUGGGUAAAAAAAUUAGUUUUAUUGAUUGUUAAGUCUACUGAAGAAUCGAGAAAGAUUGUAUGUAGUUAGAAGAGCUAGUAUUUACUAUUUGGAUCUUAAUGGAGCUCAGAAUCCGUUUUGGACCAACAGCUAUAAACAGAUUUGGUUUCAAGCUUCGCUUUGCCGCCGUUGUAUUCAAGAUUUUAUUGACACUCUUGUGGUUUGGAGCUUCUACAGCAAAAUUUAGGGAGCAGCAUCCGCAAUGGGAAGUCCUAAAAAGAGGAAGUAGUGAAAAUAUUGUCUCACACUCAUGUAUUCAUGACCAGAUAAUUAAGCAGAGGACGCGACCAGGUCGUUACAUUUAUUUGGUUACCCCUCAAAUUUAUGAUCAUUCCGAUAACUCAAAUCAUCUUCAUCACAAAGGAAGGUCGCUGCUUGAGGUUCCUGAAUUGCUUGGGCAUACAAAUGAUGCUAAGAAACCUAUAAGAAUAUAUUUGAAUUAUGAUGCAGUUGGCCACUCCCAGGAUAGAGAUUGUCAAAAAGUUGGUGACAUUGUGAAGCUCGGGGAGCCUCCUGUGGGUUCUCCUCCUGGAUCUCCCUCCUGCAAUCCUCAUGGUGGUCCUCCAAUUUAUGGUGACUGUUGGUAUAAUUGCACCUUUGAUGAUAUAUCUGGGGAGGACAAACGUCAUCGCCUUCGCAAGGCUCUAGGGCAGACAGCUGACUGGUUUGAGAGAGCCUUGGCCGUAGAGCCUGUGAAAGGGAAUUUGAGAUUGAGUGGAUAUUCUGCAUGCGGACAAGAUGGAGGUGUGCAACUUCCACACAAAUAUAUUGAAGAGGGUGUAGUUGAUGCAGACUUGGUCCUGCUUGUGACUACAAGACCUACCACUGGCAACACUUUGGCAUGGGCAGUAGCAUGUGAACGUGAUCAAUGGGGCCGUGCAAUUGCUGGACAUGUGAACGUUGCUCCUCGGCAUUUAACAGCUGAAGCAGAGACUUUACUUUCAGCCACUCUUAUCCACGAGGUUAUGCAUGUUCUUGGCUUUGACCCGCAUGCUUUUGCUCACUUUAGAGAUGAGAGAAAAAGGAGGCGUAGUAAGGUUACUGAACAAAUCAUGGAUGAAAAGCUUGGGAGGAUGGUAACUCGUGUGGUGCUUCCACGUGUUGUCAUGCACUCACGACAUCAUUAUGGGGCAUUUUCAGAAAAUUUUACGGGCUUAGAGCUAGAAGAUGGGGGAGGACGUGGCACGUCUGGGUCUCAUUGGGAAAAGAGGCUUUUGAUGAACGAGAUAAUGACGGGAUCUGUGGAUACAAGAUCAGUAGUUUCAAAAAUGACUUUGGCUUUGUUGGAGGAUAGUGGAUGGUAUCAAGCUAACUACAGCAUGGCAGAUCAUCUUGAUUGGGGUCGCAACCAAGGAACCGAUUUUGUUACUUCUCCUUGUAAUCUCUGGAAGGGGGCUUAUCGUUGCAACACUACCAAUUUUUCCGGUUGUACAUAUAACAGGGAAGCAGAGGGUUACUGCCCUAUUGUAACUUAUAGCAGAGACCUACCUAAAUGGGCUCAGUAUUUUCCUCAGGCUAACAAGGGUGGUCAGUCUUCGCUGGCUGAUUAUUGCACAUACUUUGUGGCUUACUCUGAUGGAUCCUGUACGGACACUAACAGUGCAAGAGCCCCAGACAGAAUGUUAGGUGAAGUGAGAGGGAGUAACUCCAGGUGCAUGUCUUCUUCCUUAGUACGUACUGGUUUUGUACGGGGUUCUAUGACCCAAGGAAAUGGUUGUUAUCAGCACAGAUGUGUAAAUAACUCUUUAGAGGUUGCUGUGGAUGGUAUUUGGAAAGUAUGUCCAGAAGCUGGUGGACCAGUUCAGUUCCCUGGAUUUAAUGGAGAACUGAUUUGUCCUGCUUACCAUGAAAUCUGUAGCACUCCUGCUGCUUCUGUGUCAGGGCAAUGUGCCAAUUCUUGUAAUCUUAAUGGUGACUGUGUUGAUGGAAAAUGUCAUUGCUUCCUUGGAUUUCAGGGUCAUGAUUGUUGUAAAAGAUCUUGCCCUAACAAUUGCAAUGGGCGUGGAAAGUGCCUAUCAAAUGGGGUUUGUGAAUGUGAAAAUGGGCAUACCGGUAUUGAUUGCUCAACAGCUGCCUGCGAUGAACAAUGCAGCCUUCAUGGUGGGGUCUGUGACAAUGGGGUUUGCGAGUUUCGCUGCUCUGACUAUGCAGGCUACACAUGCCAGAAUAGCUCCUCUCUCCUCUCAAGUCUUUCAGUAUGCAAAAAUGUGUUGGAGAGGGAGUUGUCCGGGCAACACUGUGCACCCAGUGAGGCAAGUAUCUUACAGCAGCUCGAAGAAGUUGUUGUCAUGCCCAAUUACCACCGACUGUUCCCCAGUGGUGCUCGAAAGUUAUUUAACAAUCUCUUUGGGAGCCGCUACUGUGAUGCAGCUGCCAAGCAACUAGCCUGCUGGAUUUCGAUCCAAAAAUGUGAUGAUGGGGACAACAGACUACGGGUAUGCCAUUCAGCAUGCCAGUCAUAUAAUUUAGCAUGUGGAGCAUCAUUAGACUGCUCAGACCAAACUCUAUUUAGUAGAGAAGAGGAAGGCGAGGGCCAAUGCACCGGCUCGGGUGAGAUGAAGCUUUCGUGGUUUAAUCGGUUGCGGACUAGUUUAUUUUCAAGCAAUACAUCUUUGAAAGGAAUAUCUAUAGGGUAUAGGCAGUCAUAACCCCUCUCUCUUUUUCUAACGCCAAUCCCCUCUUCUCCCCGUCUAAUUUUGGCUUGUAAUUUUUCUAGGGUUCUAGUAUAGGAAAGUUGGCACAUUGUGUCCCAAGUGUAGAGUUUGUUUUUUUCUUUCGCCCAAAGUCAAUUUGAAAAUUUGGGAAUGUUCAGGCUUCUCAAGAUGAAAGCCACGUGUAGAGAAAACUGAAAAUGUAUUUGCUAAAAAGAG